AUGGCCGUUAACUUGGUAGCCAACGUACAAGCAGCCUUAAGUGUCCAAUCAUACAGCACCCAUUGCUGGCUUGACUCAACUGUGGCACUCUACUGGAUCAAAGGUCAAGGGGAGUAUCGGCAAUUCGUAUCAAACCGAGUGAACAAGAUCCAACAACACGAGUACGUCAGUUGGCAUCACGUCCCAACCGAAGACAAUCCAGCAGACCUAGGGAGUCGAGGAGGGAAUGUGGUCGAUAACAACCUCUGGAAUCAUGGUCCAACCUGGCUUAGUGAUACUGCAAAAUGGCCACCUGACAUAAUACUCGAACCUACGCCCGAAACCAUGACUGAAGCCAAAGUGAAACGAGAAGUUCUCUCUGUUGCCGUUCCCAAACAAGAUGCUCUACACCACGUACUUAUUAACCACCCAUUACCAAGAGGUCUACGAAUUGGAGCUUGGGUCUGGCGAUUUGUCCAUAACUGCAGAGGAAAACCACUGAAAAGGAGUGGUCCAAUCAACACUGAAGAGAUUCAACAACAACAGCUUUUUUGGAUCAAACAAGCACAACAAUCGGCGCUCCAGCUAGCCAAUUUUGAAGAAGACAAACUGCAGUUAAACCCUCAGUACAACGAUCAGAAAGUCUUAGAAUGCCGAGGACGUAUAAUGGGAGAAUAUCCGAUCUAUCUGCCAGAUGAGCAUCCCUUCACCGCGAAGUUGGUCUUUAAUGCCCACCUUUCCACCCUGCAUGGAGGGGUUGGGCUCACCAUGGCAAAGAUACGCGAGAAAUACUGGGUACCCCGCCUACGACGCCUGGUAAAGAAGCUAAGAGGUAGCUGCUACGGGUGCAAAAGAUUCUGA